CAAACAGAAAGAUCGGAGAUAAAUCAAAAAAGGAUUAAAGCCAUGAAUGCGAAUUAUGUGAUGGUUCUUGUUAUAGCCAUGGCAGCAACGGGAGUACUAAUGGUACACGGAGCAGAAGGUGCAGAAUAUGUAGUAGGAGACGACUUGGGGUGGACGAUUCCUCCUCAUGGCGCUGCCGAUUUUGAGUCAUGGGCUUCCUAUCAUAGCUUGACAGUCGACGAUAUUCUAGUGUUCAAGUUUGCAGCAGGAGAACAAGACUUGGCUUUUGUAAGCAAGGAAGAUUUUCUCACUUGCAACACGGCGAAUCCCUUUCAUGUUUUUGACAACCAAACUACAUUCAAAUUUCUUUCCAAAGUCAGAUUCUUUUGCACCAGCACCUUCGCCGGCAACUGCUUCAAGGGCCAAAAAGUAGUCGUUGAUAUGGGUCCUGCUGUGGAUUCCACUGGUGAUAUUUCUCCUAGUCCAAGUCCAAGUUCUGCUGAAGCUUCCUGAAAAAUUUGUGCCUCUCUAAAGUAGAUGGAUACUCAA